AUGCACCAAUCUGCCUUUUCAUCGAGUAUCCUGAUAAUCGACCAUCAACUGCUAUCAACACUUGUGAAACGCGUACAAGUCAUUGCAGAGCAACUCGUCUCAUGUUACCAAUGCGAAGCCGAUCAAGACGACUGCAAUGUAGGAUCUUGUCAAGGAAAAUAUUGUCUGUUCACCAGAACCCAAUCAUCGUCGGGUGUUCAUGUGAAGAAGUCCUGUACUAACACCGAUAUCCUCCUCUACGUGGACAACGUACAGUACACUUCAUUCGGCAAUUGCGAGUACAGGCAGGUUAAUUCCGUCAACUACGACUAUAAACUAUGCAAUUCAUCGUACUGCAACACGGCCUGUCCUACGGGGCCAUUUCCAUCGCAGUUAUCUGGGUCCGCUUCGAUUUUCUCCACAAUGGCCUUUUCAGCCACCCUUGUCUGGCUUUCUCUGACACUUUGA